AUGAAUGUAGAAAAUCACAACGAUUGUGUUGUAAUGUAUAAUGAUGACAGACCAAUUCCAACACUUCCAAAUGAGUUAACUGCCUUAGUAUUUGAAAGUCUUGAACAAAGCAUAAAAAUUAAAAUUGCCAGAGUUUCUAAAGUUUGGAAUGCUUUUAUUUAUUCACCUAUAUUUUGGAAAAAAGUCAUUUUGUACGAUGCAAGUAAAUUCCAAACCGGAACAUUUGAACGUUUAAAACUAGUUGAAGAAUUAGAUGCUAGAGGUAGUAAUUUAACUGAUGCAUUUAUUAAAACGUUGGUUACUGGAUCAGCAGGAACAACAUUAAAAGUAUUGGAUAUUUCUGUUAACAAGAUUACAAAUGUAUCAAUUCUAUUCAUUGGUCUUCAUUGUUGCAACUUAAUGAAAAUUUUUAUUGAAGGUUGCCCAGAAGUUACAGAUAUUAGACCUUUAAAACUUUUGCUCAAUGAUAACUGGCAAUCAGAAUGUGCAGUGAUAAAGAAUAUAUCAAAGCCUAGAUGUAGAGAUUUCAGAGCAUUUAAUAAUAAUUUAUGUGCAGUACAUCUAGGUCUAAGAGCCAAGAUGUACGCAUUUGAGAUCGAGAAUAGACAAAUUACUAAAAAGGCUAAGGGUAUACCGAAAAAUGUAGUAAAAGAGGAAUUAUCUAUAGAUAUACUUAGAGUAGAAAAUCAUAAUAUAUAUCUAACAAAAUCUACAAAAAAAGUUCUAUGUCCACUUGAUACAAAGAAAUGGAUCUUAGAUGACAGAAUUAAUAGCUAUGCUUAUGGCCAUUACAAGAUCCAGGAUCCAAAUGACAAUGUAGAAGAAAUCAAGUAUAGUGAUGAGGAAUUAUGCAAUUUCUUGGAGUUAAUACUAACUUAA